AUGGCGGCGGUCCUGGAUUCUUUGGCAUCCUAUGUCGCUGACAUGGUCAUCGAGAUGGCCAAAGAAGAGGUGGCCAUGCUGAUUGGAGUGUCCGGUGAGAUAGAAAAUCUGGGCAUCAAGCUUAGGGACCUCAAGAACUUCCUUGCAGAUGCCGAUAGGAGGAACAUCACUGAUGACAGCGUGCAGGGGUGGGUGGAGGAACUGAAGCGUGCCAUGUAUGAUGUUACCGACAUCCUUGACUUGUGUCAGCUCAAAGUAAUGGAGCAAGGUCCAUCCAAGGAUAUGGGGUGCCUAAACCCUCUGCUCUUCUGCAUGAGGAACCCCCUCCAUGCCCACGACAUUGGCAGCCGCAUCAAGACACUUAACCAAAAGUUGGAUGACAUCUUCAAGAGGGGUAGUAGUUUCAAUUUCAUCAAGCUAGAAGCCUACCAGGACCGGAUGGUGACCCGUUCUCAAGCUGUUGACCGCAAGACGGAUCCGUUGUUGGAGCGGUCGGGUGUGGUUGGGGAGAAGAUUGAAGAUGACACGAGAGCGCUUGUGAAGGUGCUCACAGAGGAAGUAGCUGAUGAUAGUGAUAGCAUCAUGAUUGUUGCCAUCGCUGGUGUCGGUGGAAUUGGUAAGACUACCUUCAGCAAGAAGGUCUUCAACGACGAGGCAAUCCAAGGCAAAUUCGCCAAGAAGAUAUGGCUGAGCAUCACACAGGUGUUCAAUGAGGUUGAGUUGCUGAGGACGGCCAUCACAGCUGCCAAUGGAAACCUGCCUGGCUCUGGGGGUGGGUCUCGGGAUAAAGCGUUCCUUGUGCCAGCUCUUGCUGACGCCGUCAGGGACAAGAAGAUUUUUCUUGUGUUGGAUGACAUGUGGGGAACCAACGAAUGGAACAACUUGCUCAUGGCUCCCUUUAGCCAUGCUGCACCCAAUAGUCGAAUCCUUGUCACCACAAGACAUGAGACUGUUGCCCGAGGCAUGAAAGCCAAGCAUCCCUACCACCAUGUUGGCAAAUUAGGGCCUGAAGAUGCAUGGACCUUGCUGAAGAAGCAGGUACUCGCUACAGAGAAAAGUGAACCUGCGAUUGAUAUGCUAAAGGAUAUUGGACUGGAAAUUAUAGAAAAAUGUGAUGGGUUACCACUUGCAAUAAAAGUGAUGGGAGGACUCCUAUGCCAAAAGGAUAAACAGCGAUGUGAUUGGGAGAAAGUUCUGAAUGAUGCUAUAUGGUCAUUGGUCGGCAUGUGGAUUGGUGAAGGAUUUGUUCAUGGAGACUCUGAUAGAUUGGAAGAACUAGGAAUUGAGUACCAUAAAGAGCUAAUAUUGAGGAUCCUUAUAGAGCCAGAUACAUCAUAUGCCGGUCAAUAUAUUUGCAACAUGCAUGAUGUUGUUCGUUCAUUCGCUCAAUAUGUGACUAGAGAUGAAGCACUAGUAGCUCACCGCGGAGGAACUGUUAAUAGUAAACUUAGUUUGCAAAGGUUUCUUAGGUUGUCCAUAGAAACCAGAGGAGUGGAAUCAGAUGAAUUUGAGUGGAGGAGUUUACAUGAGCAGAAAUCACUUAGAUCAUUAAUACUAGUUGGAAAAUUUAAGAUUCAGUCUGGUGAUUCCUUGAUUCCUUUUUCAAGUCUACGGACUCUGCACAUAGAGUAUGCAAAUUUUGCUGCAUUGUUCAAAUCUUUGUAUCAGCUCAAACACUUGAGGUAUUUGGCACUAAGGGAAUGCAAUGAUAUAAAGAGCUUGCGAGAGAACAUUCACAAAAUGAAGUUCUUGCAGCACAUUAGUGUUGCUGGUUGUCAGAAUCUUGUGAAACUUCCGGAUACCAUUGUAAAGUUACAAGGACUGAGAUAUCUUGAACUUUACGGCACAUCUGUAAGUAGUAUGCCUAUUCCUCAAAAAAAAAGUAUGCCUAGGGGGUUCUCUGCUCUCACAAAUUUGAGGAUACUUUGGGGGUUCCAUACCCACAUGGAUGGUGAUUGGUGUAGUUUGGAAGAGCUCCAGCCGCUUUCCCAGCUUGGGGAAAUUGGAUUAGCAAGUCUGGAGAAUGUAUCCGCUGCCUCAUUUGCCACAAAGGCAAGGCUGAGUGAAAAGGUCUAUCUUUCCUGCAUGGCCUUAUACUGUAAGAGCAGGCUAGGCGAUGAUGGAUUAGUGAAGGAAGAAGUUUCUGAGCAGGAUCAAGGAACAAUUAUGGAGGUAUUUGAUGAGCUCUAUCCUCCGCCUUAUGUGCAAGAUAUUCGCAUCCAAGGAUAUUUCGGGCGUCAGCUCCCAAAAUGGAUGAUGUCGACAGCAACGACGCCCCUCAAUAGCUUGAGGAUACUAAUAUUUGAAGACCUGGCUUGUUGCAUCCAACUCCCUAAUGGCUUGUGUCAGCUCCCAUAUCUGGAUUACCUGGAGGUCAACCGUGCUCCGGCAAUCAAGCGUGUCGGUCCUGAAUUCUUGCAGCCCUAUAGUCACCAUCACCAUGCUUCAUUUCAGGCGCUAGCUGCAUUUCCGAGACUGAACAAGAUGAUCUUUAGGAAAAUGGUGGAAUGGGAGGAGUGGGAUUGGGAGGAGGACAUGCAAGCUAUGCCUGUCUUGGAGGAGCUUAUAAUCCAUGAUUGUAAACGGCGUAUUCCUCUCGGCCUCGUGUCCCAUGCAAGGGCUUUGAAAAAGCUAACCAUAUGGUCCAUCAAGUGCCUCCACUCUCUAGAGAACUUCGCCUCCGUAGUUGAGCUCGACCUGUAUGACUUACCAGAGCUGACUAGCAUCUCCAAUUUGCCCAAAUUGCAAAAGCUUGCCAUCAACUGCUGCCCAAAGCUUGAGUCGCUGCAGGAGAUGACUGUACUCCGGAGACUCGUGCUGACAGUUUUCUAUAAUGAGAAACGACUUCCAUUGUUCAUGCAAACUGUAAAGCCCAGUCAUUUGCUUCUGGACUGCAGCCCAGAGGUACUCGCCUCCAUGGCUGUGGGAAAAUCUGGCGUUGAGUGGGACAUGUUCAGCCAUAUCCAGCAUGUCGAGGCUUAUGCAAACGACGAAGGCACUGAAAAGAGAUGGCACCUAUUUUACACAAGAGAGCCCUACAAAAUGGAGACAAAUGUGGAGGCAAAUCAGCAGGAGGCAUAUGAAGACGACAGAGAAGACGCAAAUGAAGAUGAGAAAAGGGACGGCGAUGAAGAGGACGGAGAUGACGAAGCUUGGACACGAAUCUGCCCUGCACAUAUUUGCUCACUGUCUGUUCUCUACUGGGAUCUGGGAUUCUUCCUCACCAGAUUCAACUUCCCUUUCCCUCUGAUGCCGAAUGGUAACACCGACAGUUUGGUCCAGUGGUGGUUGCUGGCACUGACUCAGAUUCCUCUGCAGUGUCACAAGCAUCUCUGUGCGGUGAUCAUGGUUGUCUGCGGCGAAUCUGGAUAG